CGACUCGUUACCAAGUUUUGGACUGGCAAGAGAAAGAAGGUCUCUCCUCUGUUUCGACGUUUUCUUGCUGCAGCUGGAAAGAGAUGAACUUGGUGACGCCAUGGAAGCUGACGCCGAGAGCUACGCUCACUCCAUUUUCGUCCAGUCUCGAAGCGACCAGCUUCCACCUAUCUUCUCGCCAUACCCAUGAUUGCUCAUCUUCUUUUCGGGCAUGUCCGACUGCUACUGCUCCGACCAGGGCAUUCACGUCGCUCGCCAAGAAGCGAGACUCGCGGCCCGAGCCAGUCCUCGAGCCGACUAUCGUCGAAGAAGUAUCGGUGGAUGUCGACGAUGGGGACGAGGUCGUCUUCGACAAUUUCGACGAUGAUGCAUUGGAGGAUGAGUAUGAUGAUGGGAGUUUUGAAGAUGAGUAUCUGGAAGAAGAUGCUGAAGUUUAUGUUGGGGAUGCAGGUGGAGGAGGUGGGAUUUCUCUUGCCGGGACUUGGUGGGACAAAGAAGCAUUGGUGAUAGCGGAAGUUGUCUCUCAGUCUUUUGAUGGCGAUUUGAAGAUAUAUUCUUUCAAAACGCUGUCGAAUUGCACAAUUCAAGUUCGCAUCGAAAAGCUUUCCAAGAGGUAUGGUUCCCCAAGUAUGGAAGAUAUAGAAGCAUUUUCUGCGACCUAUAGAGCUCGUCUAGAUGAAGCAGAGGCUGCAAAAUCUGUACCAGAAAAUUUAUCUUUGGAGGUGUCAUCACCUGGUGUUGAAAGAGUCAUUCGCGUUCCACUUGAUUUUGAUCGGUUUAUGGAUCGACCCAUGUUCGUAAAAUAUGUCGCAGAGACAGAUACAAGUGGCUCAUCCUCAGAAGGCGAUGGCAUCUUCAAACUUGUUUCUGUCGACAUGGAGACCAAUUGUUGCACCUGGGGUUUAGCUGAUGUAAGAGCGAACAGAGAAAAAGCCGGAAAAGGAAGGCCUCUUAGCAAAAAGCAACGGGAAUGGCGCUUAACUACAUCCUUCAAAUCGUUACGUCUUGUUCGACUAUAUUCUGAGGUCUGAAAUUUACUAAUGGUAUGCCUGGAAAGAUAUAUUUACUGUCUGCUCAUUGGCUGUUUGAUGAUAUUUGAAGUUGUGAAGCUGUACAUGUAAAGAUUUGUCUCACCAAAUAUAUGUUGAGUUUUGAGCAAGGGUAGCAAGAUACCAUGAAUUUCUUGG